AAAAUGAUUAUCUUUGUUUUAGUUGUGAAAUGGAUCAGCAGUUUUCCUUACGUUGGAACAACUAUCUCAAUCAGCUGACAGACGCCUUCGGUUCUCUCCGGUAUGAGGAAGACCUGGUGGACGUAACGUUGAGUUGUGAAGGAGGGAAGUUGAAAGCACACAAAAUGCUACUCUCAGCAUGUAGUUCAUAUUUUCAUGAUAUUUUUAAGGAGAAUCCGUGUCAGCACCCUGUGAUUGUUUUUCGCAAUGUUAAGUUAAGAGAUCUACAAGCGAUCUUGGACUUUAUUUAUAAAGGAGAAGUAAAUGUUCUGCAGGAACACCUUGAAUCAUUCUUAGGGACUGCAGAAUUAUUGGAAAUCAAAGGCUUGGCUGAAUGUAAUGAAAAAAACGUCACGUUAGAAGAAGAAGAAAAAAGUAGUUGCAUUACAACAAAGAAUGAUCAAAGACUGGAAAAAGUUGAGCUGAAAGCAGGAAUCAUCGCUCCAUUGCAAUUCCAAUGUGCCUCCGCUCGGUCAACGAGUCCACCAGUCAAGAAGCGGAGAUUGUUGAGCAGUCAAACCAAGUCUUUUGAAGGAAACCAAAGUGAAGUUGAAGAGGAAACAAACGUGGCUCCCAUUGAACUGAAGAUUGAGGAAGAGGAGUUUGUGGAAGAACAGAGUUUUGAAGAAGAUGAGGAAGACUUGAGACUGCCACUCAGCCCUACUUCUGAUCCACUACAUGUACCUGAUAAUUUACAAAUGUACAGCUCACAUAGUGCAAUAUUGAAAGACGGAAAAUCAGCCACAACUCCGGUUGCUGACAGGAUAGCAAAUCUACCAAAUUCUAGGACACGAGGACUACUAGCACAGGAAGAACCUGGUGAACGUUACGACGGCAAGCCACACUUCUUGCUGAAAAGAGGAAAAAGAGGAAGAAGAUGCUUGGUGUGUCUAGAAAAGAAAAUAAGAAAAGAGACUGUUUACUUUUGUAAAACCUGUACUAAGAAGCCUUCACUUCACCCUGACAUCUGCUUUGAACUGUAUCACACACCUCCAUAGUAGUUAGAUUUAAUCAAACAAGACAAAAUUGAAAAGUGUUUUGAUCUUAAAGGGAUUAAUAAGGUCUUCCCUUGCCCUAAAGAAAAUUUAAAUAGUUUAAACUUUUAAAAUCUUGAAUAAAGACCACCAGUUAAUUGUAAAAUCUAAAUAUCCAGUUGGUUUAAAUUUAAGAUAAAAGUUACUUUUCCAUAUUUACUUCUGUGCUGUUAAUUAUGUAACAGCUGGGUUUUUGAAUGUUUUAGUUGUGUAUUCACAUUUUAUGGUUAUUUUCUUAUUUGUUGUGUUUAUUUUUCUUCUUAUGUUCUUAUUUUGCUUUAUGAAGAUGUGGGUAUAGAAUCCCACAAAAUAUAUAAGCGUUUUAUCUUUUGUUUUUAUUUUAAUAAGUGAAAUUGUGUGUGUGUGUGUGUGUGUGUGUGUGUGUGUGUGUGUGUGUGUGUGUGUGUGUGUGUGUGUGUGUGUGUGUUUAAUUAAAACAUGGAGCUUAUUUUAAAAAUCUGGUAAAAUAAUUUCUCAUUUCAUUGUUGUUAUUUAAUGUAAGUAGCAACCUUUGUGGUCCAAAUGUUGUAUAUACAGGACACUAAUUUAGAAGAGGUAACAGCUACAAAUCUCUUAGAUGUAAUUGUUGAUAAUAUGUUUAACUGGUUAAGAUAAUCUUACUAAAAGACUUUCUCAGGUUAUUUUUAUUACUACAAAAAUAUUAAAAAUAAAACCAUUUACAUGUUAUUACAACUUCUUUUAUUCAAAUUUAAUAUAUAUUCAAUUCUUUUAUGGUGCUCAUCAAUGUAGAAAUUAAGUUAAUAUAAUUUUUAAAGUUCAUAAAAAGCAAUUAAAUUAAUUAUUGUGAAAGUAAAUUCCACAAUUUUCUGUAAAGAUGUUAUAUACAGUAUAGAGUUUUAACAGUCUUAAUUUAUUUUUUGAAACCAUACUAUUCGAAAAGGAACAAAACAUAUUUUAUGUAAUCUCAUGAUUACAUCAGUAAAAUUCAGUUUUAAUUCAGCAUCAAUCAAUCAAACCUGGUGGAGAAAUGUUUCUACAGCAUAUAGAUUACUAUUUAAAAUUUUAUAUUGAAUCACAGGCAAUUCGACAUGUACACAUUGUUGCGUUAAUAUAUAAUUUAGUAUUUAAGCAAAUUGUAGUUCUUAGGUUUAAGUUUAACUAGCCGGUAGGUUCUAUACCCUGUCAAGGGUUUGUAUGAACUGCUUGUAUUAAAUAAAUAAAGUUUAGCAAUUAUAAA